AUGUCGACAAUAAGUGACUGAAGUCUGACAUUACAUACGCUUUAAACUGAGUUUAAAACCGUUUAAACCGAUGUAAUCCUCGGCCGGACUCUCAUCCACUCUAAACACUCAUCUCUCGUCUCAUUUCAUGUAUAGCUCUCUGAGAGUGUCAUCCAUUCACACCACAAACCAAUUGAUUCUCAUUUUAUGUCAGUCGAAGUGAUAACUAUUGAAAUUCACACCCAUUUUAAGUCAAUACCAAAGAGCGAGCGGCCCUAUAAGUGUUCGGUACCGGAAUGCGGGCGCGCUUUCAUACAACUGUCAAACCUUCAGCAACACAUGAGAAGCCAUUGCUCUCUCGACAAAGUGGCCAAAAAUAAUGACAAGAAGUUUGUUUGCAAUCAUUGCGGUAAAGGAUUCAAAGGACAGAGCAGUUUAGCCACACACCAGUCGAAGACUUUGAUUUGUCUGUCUUUCAGACAAAAGCCCAAAAAUAGAGCAAAAACUUGA